UGGGGUCUUCUCUGAUGGAAACUUCACCUACAUCGUGGAGCCGCGAGAGGUGGCUGGGCCUCGGGAAGCCACCCAGGGACCCCUUCCCCACCUCAUUUAUCGGACCCCUCUCCUCCCAGCCCCUCUCGGAUGCAGGGAACCAGGCUGCCUGUUCACUGCCCCUGUCCAUUCUGCUCCUCUGAAUCGGCCGAGGCUGAGAAGGAAAAGGUCCGCCGGGGCCACCCUACAGUGCACAGUGAGACGAAGUACGUGGAGCUGAUUGUUAUCAAUGACCACCAGCUGUUUGAGCAGAUGCGACAGUCGGUGGUCCUCACCAGCAACUUUGCCAAGUCUGUGGUGAACCUGGCAGAUGUGAUGUACAAGGAGCAGCUCAAUACCCGAAUCGUGCUGGUUGCCAUGGAAACGUGGGCAGAUGGGGACAAGAUCAAGGUGCAGGAUGACCUUCUAGAGACCCUGGCCCGGCUCAUGGUCUACCGGCGGGAAGGCCUGCCUGAGCCCAGCGAUGCCACCCACCUCUUCUCGGGCAGGACUUUCCAGAGCACCAGUAGCGGGGCUGCCUAUGUGGGGGGCAUCUGCUCUCUGUCCAGGGGUGGGGGUGUGAACGAGUACGACAACAUGGGGGCCAUGGCGGUGACCCUGGCCCAGACGCUGGGGCAGAACCUGGGCAUGAUGUGGAAUAAACACCGGAGCUCAGCAGGGGACUGCAAGUGUCCGGACAACUGGCUAGGCUGCAUCAUGGAGGAUACUGGGUUCUACCUGCCCCGCAAGUUCUCGCGCUGCAGCAUCGACGAGUACAACCAGUUUCUGCAGGAGGGCGGCGGGAGCUGCCUUUUCAACAAGCCCCUCAAGCUCCUGGACCCCCCUGAGUGCGGAAAUGGCUUUGUGGAGGCGGGGGAGGAGUGCGACUGCGGCUCGGUGCAGGAGUGCAGCCGCGCGGGCGGGAACUGUUGCAAGAAAUGCACCCUGACUCACGAUGCCAUGUGCAGCGAUGGGCUCUGCUGUCGCCGCUGCAAGUACGAACCGCGGGGUGUGUCCUGUCGAGAGGCCGUGAACGAGUGCGACAUCGCAGAGACCUGCACCGGGGACUCGAGCCAGUGUCCCCCUAACCUUCACAAGCUGGAUGGUUACUACUGUGAUCAUGAACAGGGCCGCUGCUAUGGAGGUCGCUGCAAAACCCGGGACCGGCAGUGCCAAGCCCUUUGGGGCCAUGUUGCUGCUGAUCGCUUCUGCUAUGAGAAGCUGAACGUGGAGGGAACAGAGCGUGGGAACUGCGGGCGCAAGGGGUCAGGCUGGGUCCAGUGUAAUAAACAGGAUGUGCUUUGUGGCUUCCUACUCUGCGUCAACAUCUCUGGAGCUCCUCGGCUGGGGGACCUAGGAGGAGACAUCAGCAGUGUCACCUUCUACCACCAGGGCAAGGAGCUGGACUGCAGGGGUGGCCACGUGCAGCUGGCUGAUGGCUCAGACCUGAGCUAUGUGGAGGACGGCACUGCCUGUGGGCCCAACAUGCUGUGCCGGGAUCAUCGCUGCCUGCCAGCCUCUGCCUUCAACUUCAGCACCUGCCCAGGCAGUGGGGAGCGCCGCGUCUGCUCCCACCACGGGGUCUGCAGCAAUGACGGGAAGUGCAUCUGUCAGCCAGACUGGACAGGCAAAGACUGCAGUAUCCACAACCCCCUGCCCACGUCUCUGCCCACUGGGGAGACGGAGCGAUAUAAAGGUCCCAGCGGCACCAACAUCAUCAUUGGCUCCAUCGCCGGGGCUGUCCUGGUUGCGGCCAUCGUCCUGGGCGGCACGGGCUGGGGAUUUAAAAACAUCCGCCGAGGAAGGUACGACCCGACCCAGCAGGGGGCAGUGUGACGCCGCAUCACCCCUCCCGCUGUACCUGUCUCCAUCUCAUUUGCCACCUCACAUUCUGUUGAUGGGGAGCUUGGAGCUGAUUUCCCCAUCCCCCACUGUCACUGCUGUCACCACAGGGGUGGGGGAACCCUGUCCGGGAAGAAAGUCCUCAGCUUGCCCUUGCUACUGCCUCUUGCCCACCCAUCCGUCCCCUUAGGCCUUGGUCCAUUUGCGCCUGCCCUUCCUGUGGCUGGACCACCCCUGGCAAAGGUAGGCCCUGGAGCUGUGCCCCCUACAGCCCUCAUCUCCUGGGAAGGGAUCCUACCUCUGCAUCCCAUCUGUUUCGUCUUUCAUGUCACCGCUGCCUGACCUCCUGCCAGAUCCCCUCCCUGGCCAGCCUGGGACUUGCCGCUUCCAGGGCCCAGCACGGACCUCUCAGGGCCUGGCUUGGGGGCUCUCCCUCUGGGCCCUGUCUCAUAUCCUCCCCUGAUGCCCCCUCUCCGUUCCAGGUCUGGAGGGGCCUAAGUGCCACCCCCCUCCCUCCGAGCCUGGCGCCCACAUCUCCGCCCUGAACCACAAGGCUGCCCCUGCCCAGCCACAGAGGGAGGCACCAUGCAAUGUCUUCUGGCCUAAGCCUUUUGACUCUUGGCCCCACAGGGGUUUGGGUGGGGGACUGUGACCCUGCCCUUUGCACCACCAGCGUGGACCAGGCCUGGGGCAUUUCUCAUGGUCCCCCACCCCACCUCAUGCGGCUUUGGCCUUGCACACCAACUCUCCCUGUGUGAAUGUAGCUUCCAUCAUCACAGAUUGCCACAGCUCAAGUGGUAGGGAGAGACCUAAAGGGAUGCCCCGAUGGGCAUGGCCUGGGAUGGCCCCUCCUCAAAACCAGGCAGCUGGGACCAGAGUUUUAAGCUCUCUGGGACUUAGGGGGAGGGGGCGGACAUCUACAGCUUUUUUCUUUCUUUUUUUUUUUUUAACUUAUUCUUAACUGAUGAAUGUAACUCUGGGGAUGCUGGAGCCAGGGCAGUUGUGGGGAUGUUUUGACAUUUGCAGAAGGGACUAGAGGAACUGAGGCAUGGCCAUCCCCCGGGCCCUCCCCCGGGAUGACCACCCCUGGAACCCUCUCACUGAACACAGCCGUCCCCCAGCCAGGCAGGGGCCUGCAUCCUUGCUUGCUUCCUCCUCCUCGCCCUGCUGAGCUUGGAGAGAAGUUCGAGUGCUGAUUCAAACCAAAGCUGCCUGUCCCGUGCCCAAGGCUAGGUUAUGGGUGCGGCGACCACACGUCCCAGGUUGUCUUCAGUUCUAAAAUGACCAUCCUGCUGUCCUUGCCAGGACGCAUGUAUCUGGGGGUCUAAAAAUACAGUCCCUGAAACAAAAUGGCACAUUCCCCCUUUCAAGAAAGGUGAAUCUGGGGCUGACUCAGGGUUUAGGUGCCCCCCUGGCAUGGCCUAGAGGUCCCAAGCUGGGCCAUGCUUCCCAGGGAGGACUCUCCAAAGUAGGGAAGGCCAGAGGUGGCCCAGUGCCUGGAGGGUUAGGGGCUCUGCCUGUGAUGUGCAUGAGGAGGCAGGACAAGGCAGGUCUCAUGUGUAGUUCUCAGCUUCUAGAAAAGUCUUCAAGGCCCUGUCAAACCUUACCCGUUACCCCUAUCCCAGGGCCGAGUUUACAGUUUUCCCAUUAUGUCCUCUGAUCCCCACUGCAGUCAAGCCUGAGAGAUAGGCUAAGGCUGGGCAGAAUUCCUCAGUCCUCCCACAAACACAGUCCUGCCCAUAGCCUGUCCUCAUGACCCUUGCUUGGGACAGAGGAGCCCUGGCUCCUUGACUGCUGAAGAGUAGCUGGCAUGGGCAAGAUGGGGGUCAGGCUACCUAAGGAUGAAAGCCACAAAUGAAUGGAGCCCCUCUCCCCAGGGAUCCCCCACCCAGGUUCAGCAGGGGUUUCUGCACACCCCAGGGCCUUUGAGCUGCCUGUUUCAGUCCCUCUGCUUCUGGGGCAUCUUUGAGGAGGAAUCAUGGAGGAGAUGGCUCCCUGUUUAUCUGCACUACCCCUCAGGGCAAAAUGGGGACUGAAACCCAUUGACAUCCUUUUGGAGGGCUCCACCUGGCUACAGUGAGGUCCUCAAUGCUGAGCUCCAGCUGUCACUGCCCAAGCGGGGCGGGGGGGAGGGGGAGGGAAGAGAUGGGUGGAGUACCACUCUGGCCAGUCCUCCACCAGACCCCCCAAGCUAGGGCAGGGUUAGGAGGACAAGAGCUGGGUUUUGCACUAUUGCUGCAAUACCUUAUGGCGCCCUCUGGUGGUACACGUACGCACAAGUGGCGAUGCAUCUGGCUCAAGCAUUUGGAUCCACAUCUCUGCACAAAUGUGAAUACCUCUGCACGCAUGGACAUGGCUGUGUGUGCGCUCGUGAGGGUGGGGGUGUGGAGAACUCGAGAUUUCCUGUGACCAGGCCACUUGGCCCCCAGCUGUCUGCAUCCUCCUGCCCUCCCCCUGGCAGCACCCAGGGAUGACUGGAGGCUGCAUUGGCUUGGUCCUGGAACUGGCUCCAUACAGCAUCCUGUAAAUAUGUCAUCUGGGGGCUUGGGGUGGGGAGGCAGGGACAAGAACAUCAAUUAAAGAUCAUGUCUGGGGGCUCACACCAA